CUGAAUGAGUGUAUGAUUCUUGAAGAACUGCAAGGGAGCUUGGUGAUGAUACUUGGAUGUUCGAUGAAAUUCCUAGCUGAGAUAAUGCAUUUUGGAUAUUGAUCACUACUGGAGCAAGAAUUUCAGGGUAAGUUUUGGGAAAAUGAUCAACUACAAAUUAGAUUGAGCUCAUUCCAAGAGAAGAUAACCAAGUUACAUUUUUCUCUUUCUCCGACGAUUGGCGAUCAGAAGGCUAAACAUUAUCAUGUUCAAUAUGUAUCUCUGAUCUGCGUCUUUUUUAAGGAUAUAGCAGCGCAAAAAGUGAGAUCAAAUAAGAAACGGCGCCCAAAUCCUAUUCCUCCCUUGCGUCACUCCAAUUGAACCUAACCUUCAGCCCUGUCUCACAUAGCCUUAAAGCCGUCGAAGCCCUCUCCUGAUGAAGGCCUGACCUACCGCUCCUCUCGUCUGUCGCAGCUCUUGCCUUUCCAAGGGCUGUUGUCCCCUCUUCUCUUCUCGGGAGUUUAAGAUGGCUCGAAAAGUUCGAUUCACGAAAAAAUCAAAAUUGGGACCAGGAGCUCAGCAACCUCAAGCGGGAGCGACUGCGACUUCGAACUCCCACCAUGAUGGCUCUCAAAUUCUCCCGACCAGUGGUGAUAGUGUCCCUGCUACCUCACGCCCUUUCUGUCCCCCGCGAAGUGAACCACGGCCUGCUCCACAGGUGAGCACAAGUAGUGCCCAGAACUCGCUGCUAGGCCAUCUAAACUUGGACGCUAACGUAAAUAAGGAACCUCUUCUUGAUGAAGAAGUUGAUGACCUCCAUGAUGCUUCUGUGGCUCAGAGUUGCAGAGGACGCAAGACUACAGAAUUUUGGAUGGUUAAGAUCAUCGAUUCUGACGGCACAAUCAAGCCGGCAAAACUAAGUGUGAGGGAGGCUAUGGAACGGACUAAUGGUAGGAAGAUCAUGCUCAGGUUCAACAAUGCAAAGCAAGCAAUUAGAGACGAAACUGGACUGUUGAGUGGCGUGCUUGGUCUGCUGGGAUCUGAUUAUGGAAAAUUUCCUAUCUGUAGGAAAAGUUGGCGUCAGAUUACCACUAAAGAUAAUGUUUAUAACGAAUGUGUCAAGCAAAAUUUCCACUUUGAUGAAGAUAGCGAAGGAACUAUCAAGAAAAAUAUUUUGAAAAGUAUGGGGAAGUCUUGGAAGGAAACAAGGCUGAGGUUGUAUGACCAUUUUUAUGAGCCAACAUUCACGACUGAACAAAAUAUUGAGCAUCGCCUGCCGGGAAUUGAUCGAGAGCAUUGGAGAUUAUUCCUUGACUAUCGCGCCGAAGCUGAGACAAAGGAGAAGUGCAGAAAAAACACAAUCAAAAUCGAUCAAAACAACUAUAUACUCACACUGGUGGUUCGAAAAAUUUCGCACGGCGGAUGGAAGAAGAGUCAGAAGAACAAGGAAGGAGAGUUGGUAGAGGAGAGUUAUGGAUUACAGUGCACAAAAAAAAGAUGGCUCAUAUAUCAAUGAAGAAGCAAGAGCAAUUGGUCUACCAGAAAGCACUUGUUUUCUUUCAAGGAAAGAAUUGAGGAGAUUGAGCAUCAGGAUGAGUCUUUUAGAAUGUUGUCUCAAAAUGAUUCCAUUGCUUAGGUUUUCGAAAAAGAGAAACCGGGUAGAGUACGUGGUGUGGGUUUUGGACCGACUCCUAGUCAAUUCUUUGGUUCAAAUUCACAUGUGCCUGGCAACAGAGUCCAACUAGAGGAGACCCAGAGGAAGUUGCUUGAACUGCAGGCAGAGCUGGAAGGCGAGAAAUUGAAGAGGAAGGCGAUGGAGGAUGAGGCAGCAACAGAGAAGAAAAAGAUGAAGGCAAUAGAGAGUGAUCUGAUUUAUCUGUUUCAACGGCGGGGUAAGGAGCUGCCACCUAACAUCGCUGCAGGGAUGAGUUUCGUGGAAUGAUAGAGUGAAAAAUAUAAUGUUAGGAUUGGAGUUAUUUUACAUUGAAGCAAACAUUUUAUUGAAAUAGACUGAGCAACUCUUUGAAAGAGAUUUAUUUACUUUGUA